UCGGAUUGGGCUGGCACGCCUACUUAAACCACUCACCAUCGGCCUCCACCAAACCACACACAAUCUGUGACCACCGAGACAAGCUGUGUACCCAGCCGGCCACCAUGGGCACGGAGGGAGCCAAGCACACGCACAUCAGGUUCAGGCUCCAGGUCGACAUGCAGUGCCGGUGCAUGGGCUGCAUCGACAAGAUCGACAAGGCCAUGGCCGCCAUCCGAACCUUCACAGGGGUUGAAACGUCGGUGGGAGACGUCGGGACUGGGGUCGUGGCCGUGGCGGGGAAGGUGGACCCGGCCGAGCUCUGCCAGUGGCUCAAGAGGAAGACGAGGAAGGACGUCAAGAUCGUCCGCCCUCGUCGACCGUCUGACAAUCGCAAUAAGCAGAAAAGAAGCAGGGACACGCCGCCUUCAGCUCCACCGUUACCGCAACACUUGUCCAGGGCUCUACCGACGUCAAGAGUUCACUCUGACCACAAGGAUCUGCAUCUGAUUGAGAAGAAGAUCAGGGACCUCGACAAGGCCAGGGAUACGUUGAAGAUGAGGAACCUGAAGAAUGAGCUGACUGCUACCAGGUGUGAGCUCAAACAGUCAAGAGAAGCGAUCAGCAAUGGCAAGAAGGCUCUCCUAGAUGGUGCUCUGAUCCAGCUCCACGCGUACAAGAAACUAGAAUCACUCAGUCGGCUCACUAUAUGAGUGAGCUGACCACGCUUUUCGCCAUUAUUGUACUCUAUAGCAUGAGAAUGGUCCGCCGGUGUAAAACUUGUUGCUGCCUAGUCUGCAAAACAAAACUUUCUUGAGGUUUUUAUGCAUCUCUGAAGCCUAAUGUUAUUGCAUUGUUGUUACAACUGUCAACAAGCCAUAUGGGGUGUAAAUUUCCUGCCA